UUUCUUUGCCGGAUCGAAAAUUUGUACCCCAAUCACCUUAAAUGGUGCAGACAGUCUGCGUAUCCCCUGGCAACUGUUUCCUAGCAACGGGUUCCUGAUCUAUAAGCGGCUUCACAUCGUGAAGUGCACGUGGUCAAUGGAGUUGUGUCGAACUACGCGCGCAUUCUUAACAAAUCGCGACUGCGUAGUCAAGCUCUCAAAGCCCAGAACAAAACACCUUUCGGGUGUCUAGGAAUAUGUCAGGUGUGAACUUCUCUUGGAGCCCGCCACGUCCCUUAUAGUAUGAACGAAGUGAGCGAAGAAUCGCCCGAUGACUUAGCGGCAGUUGGGCGGCCUAGGUCUUCCUCCUUACCCUCCAGGAGAACCAGCCUGACCCCGCCGCCCAGAGAACGAGAGGUUGAUUCGGUCUUGCAGUCGAUUGGUCCAUAUAGAACACCAGAACAACCCAGAGAUCGACCGUCUAUUCUCAAACACCAAGAAUUGAAGAGUUCUACUAUCAGGCAACAUUAUUAUCCCGAGGGAGGCUGGGGUUGGGUUAUCUGUGCCUGUGCCUUUCUUAUUCACUGUAUGACUACCGGCUUACAAUUGAGUUACGGAGUUCUGUAUCUAGAAGUGUUAAGGCAAUUCGGUAACGAGAAACUCAUGGAAGCUGUGUGGAUAGGGUCAUUGUCCCUCUCCAGCAGCUAUUUUAUAGCUCCUAUAGUAGUAGCAUUCUGUCGUAAGAAGAGCACAAGGCUGACUGCUGUUUUUGGAGGUUUGGCAUCUGCACUCGGUUGUCUGUUCAAUUCAUUUGCCAAAGAACUUCAUCAGGUGAUAUUCAGUUAUGGGAUCGUCAUGGCUGUGGGUUUAGGAGUGGCUCGUGAAACAUCGAAUCUUAUGAUUGGCCAAUACUUUAAAAGGAAGAGGGAGCGUGUUGAAUUAGUCGUCCAGUGUGGUACAGGUGUAGGCGUGGCUGUUUUCUCAGUAUUUUUUCGUGAAAUUAUAAGAGCUUUAGGAUGGAGAUUGGGUCUUCAUACCGUAACAGGAGUCAUAUUUUUAAUGUUUUUUAUUGGUAUAUUCUAUCGUUCAGCUUCUUUAUAUCAUCCUCAACGACGAGCUAUAUUACAUCUUAAAAAUCAGCGUAGAAAAAUUAAAGAGAAAAACCAUAGUUCUGAUAAAUCACCAUUCUUUGAUUUCUCUGUCUUAAAAGUAAACACCAUUCAGAUAAUUAUGUUAUCAGUUGCAGUUGCUACUUUUGGAGCAUACACCCCAUUUUAUUACUUCGCGUAUUUAACUGAAGAAGAAGGACUUAACGAGACUGCAAUAUUAUUGUUGCAAAGUUAUUUAGGAAUAGCAUUCUCUGUUGGUUGUUUAGUUUUUGGCUUUCUGACAGCGAAAAAUAGCAUGCAGUGCAUGAUUUCUAGACAAUAUUUAUGUCAAGCAUCUCUUAUAGGUGUUGGACUAUCUAUUUUAUCAAGUCACGCUGUUCACGGAUAUCAUGGAUACGUCCUGUUUGUUAGUUCAUAUGGAAUUUUUUGUGGUGGAUUCCAUUAUUCGUUAAAAAUGUUCGUUUUUGAAAAUGUUCGUGCUAGAAACUUUGCCCGUGCUUGGGGCUACGUUCAAUGGUGCCAAUUUUUACCAAUUCUAGUUGGGAUACCUAUAACAGGUUACAGUAAUCAAAAUAAAAAUCCCAAAACAGGAUUUUUCUUCUCGGCAGCUUGCACCUUUGCUGGCGCCAUGUUUAUGUUCCUUCUGAACUGUUGUAAGAGAUCAUCGAGUAUAGUAUAUCGGGACCAUAGUCAGGAAACACCGACCGAUUCCGGUCCAGGAAGCGGUGAUGAUGGCAUUUGCACUUGCCACCAUUCACCUGAUGUAAAUAAAAAAAUGAGUAGAAGAGACAUUGUAGAAAGGGAACCAUUUCGAUGCCAUAGAACUAUUUCGUUUGCACAUUCGAUAGAAGUAAUGGAUGAGGAUGAUGAAUUAGAGAGAAGACAAGAAUGUGUUACUUGUAUGGGAGACGAUGCUGUAUUUGAAUUAGAAGCAUUCGAUGAAGAAUGGAAGGAACCAUACAAAGAUGAAAGUCAAAAAGAAUACGAACAAAACCAAAGAAUGAGCAGAAAUGACUGUAUACAUCUAAUGCAUUGCGAUAAUAUUUUACACAUUCCCAAAAGGCCGAUGAGUGUUAUAGAAGAAGUAACGAGUACAGUAUAGAUAAAUAAUAAUUAUUUACACAACUAUUUAUAUAAUUAGGAGAUAGUUUUGUAGUCUACGGCACUUUAUAUAGAAUUAUAAAUUUAUAUUAAAAUUGUAUAAUUGUGUUUUUUUAUAAUCUAACUUAAGUAUACAUGUUGAUGAUGUGUUUAAAGUGCCGUCGGCUUUACAAAACCAUUUGCUCCGUCCAAAAUAUAAUGUUAUACGUAUGUAAGCCGCUUAAAGGGUGGCUUAAACUUGUGAUAAGUUACAAAAAAAAAAUCAACAUUUUUAAUGGAGAAUUUUUAAAACCGUCCACAUUAUUUUAAUGGAAACCAUUAAACUAGUCUUGCACAUUUUAGAUUGUUAAACUGAACACAUUAAUCGGUUGUAUACUGUUCAAGUUUUAAGCUUAUUCGAAACUAUUAAAUAAACUAAACUAUAAAAAAAAUCAAAAUCUUUUAUAUGCAAAAUUGAAUAGAUUAUGUAGAAUUGUGUGUUUUAUGUGUACAAAAUGUAUAGCUUAAUUGUAAACUUGUUGCAUCUGAUAAGAAGAAAUCGUCUUGUUUGGUAUAAGAAAAUUAUAUCUUAGAACAAUCAGAACAAACUUUUAAUGUUUUUAAAACUAUAUAUAAUAAUCAUUUCGAGUCGAAUUUAAUAAAAUAUGUACAAUUUUAAUUAUAUUUAUACAAUUAAGGCAGGCGAGAUUGAUUUAAAAAUGUACACUUGUAUAGAUAAAUACAACUAAGAUACACUAGUAUUUUUCUCUUUAAAACAUCAUAAUUAUUUAUAUAAUAUACAUUUUUUUCAUAUUAAAUAUAAUUUUACUUAAAUUUAAAACAUUAAAAUUGGAUAAUAUCUAUUUAAAAUGUAUACCUGUACAGGUAGAACGUAUUAAAAUAAGGCCACAAUUAAUUGUCUGCGGAAAAUGGUUCAUACAAUAUAUAUUGUUUUCUUAUUGUAUUAUGUUCUCGACAUCAUCACGCAAUUGUAAACAUCGUGAUUUUCAUAAAUGCGGGUAUAGGACCAUUAAUAAUGAUAGUUAAAGUAGCAUAAGGUAUAACUUAAUUACGUUACUUCUGUAUAAUAAAUGAAUAAUACAAUGAAACUAAACUUUAUCUAUUAAAUCAAAAAAAAAAAAAA